AUGACGAAGCACGCCGCCUACCCCAGCGAGGACGUGGUCGCCGCCGUGGCGGCGCCGGCGCCGGCCGGCCGGCAUUUCACGUCGUUCCCGCCGCUGAAGGGCGCCCCCCUCGACUGCAAGAAGCACGCCGCCGUUGACCUCUCCGCUUCCGGCGGCGCCGUCGUGGGUGGCUCCUGGUUCGAGUCCAUGAAGGCUUCCUCGCCGCGGUGCGACGCCGACGCCGAGCACGGCAACGACUGGAUGGAGAAGCACCCGUCGGCAUUGGCCAGCUUCGAGUCGCUGCUCGCCGCCGCCAAGGGGAAGCAGAUCGUGAUGUUCCUGGACUACGACGGCACCCUGUCACCGAUCGUCGAGGACCCCGACCGCGCCGUCAUGUCGGAGGAGAUGAGAGAAGCCGUGCGGCGUGUCGCCGAGCACUUCCCCACCGCGAUUGUGAGCGGAAGAUGCAGGGACAAGGUGUUCAACUUCGUGAAGCUGACGGAGCUGUACUACGCCGGGAGCCAUGGCAUGGACAUCCAGGGCCCCGCCAACCACCUCCAGGCAAAUGCUGAAGUUGUCCAUUUCCAAGCUGGGAGUGAGUUCCUGCCGGUCAUCGAAGAGGUGUUUGGCACGCUGACGACGAAGAUGGAGGCGAUCGCCGGCGCCAAGGUGGAGCACAACAAGUACUGCCUCUCCGUCCACUUCCGCUGCGUCCGGGAGGAGGAAUGGAAUGCCGUGAACGAGGAGGUCAGGUCGGUGCUCAAGGACUACCCGAACCUCAAGCUCACUCACGGCAGAAAGGUCCUGGAGAUUCGCCCGUCCAUCAAGUGGGACAAGGGCAAGGCCCUUGAGUUCUUGCUCAAGUCUCUUGGCUAUGCUGGGCGCAACGACUUCUUCCCGAUUUACAUCGGAGAUGAUCGCACUGACGAGGACGCUUUCAAGGUGCUUCGCAACAUGGGGCAGGGCAUCGGAAUCCUGGUGUCCAAGCUCCCUAAGGAGACGGCGGCAUCCUACUCGCUGAGUGACCCUGCCGAGGUCAAGGAGUUCCUCCGCAAGCUGGCGAAGUCCAAGGGGGACGCGCCAACAAUGAAGAUGAUGACCUAG